AAGAAACACUUUGAUUAAAAGAGUACAACUUAAGCAUCUCAAGUAUUGCAGUCCAAGGCUGAAGCCCGAGUUUGUUUGUACUUCCCUAGCAAGGAUACUCCGAUCUGUAAGACUUUGAAGCCGUUUAUAUACAACUUCAGCCAAGCGUCCCUCUUGACCGUCUCCAACCUAAACAAACCCCUUUGCACCUGCACUUCCACCCCAUUGGUCCUUCUCCUUCUCCCUCUUCCUCCUCCUCCUGCUCCUCCUCAUCAGCAUCAUCAUCGCCAUCAUUUUGUUUGUCUCCCAUCUGUUUUGACGAAAGGCAGCGGAAUUUUACUUCAAGACUUUCAUCUUUUGAAAUCCCUGGAUUUUUGAUUUUCCAUUUGACGUGGACCUCUCGACCUGUAGAAACUCACACACACACACUCCCACAUACAACUUCUCUCUCUCUCUCUUUCUACAUAUUAUAAAUAUAUAACGUAUCUCUAUCUCUGUUCGGAACUUCGGCCGCUUUGUUCUUUCUUCUUUAACAAGCUUCCUCUUCCCGCCUAGUGCUAUAGAUAAUCAUAUCCUCGUUCCAUUUGGUCUGUUUGUUCGUUUGACUCGCCCCAGCGCAGUGAACCUACCUUCCUUCUACCCAUCCUCUCUUCGCUAGUCAACCGUUUCAUCAUCCUCAAGCUCGAGUCUAUCAAGUCGAGCUCUCCACGCCAUCUCACACAUCUCCUGAUUCCAUACCUUGAAGCGAGAAAGCGCAAACCAAUCGAACACUUCCUCAUUCUGUUACGAGAUCAUUAAUAUCACAUCAAUCCAUCUCUCGUCCCCUUCUAAAAAGCUCCUUCAACCUUCAUUUCACUCUUCACGAUCAUCGCACCCAUGACUUCGUCUCUAGCCCCCCAUCUCAAUCCUACUCCCAACCGGUCGUCUUCUCCUUCGGGCCUACAAUCCAACAUGAAAGCUAAUAACGUCUAUCGUCACCAGCACUCUCUUUCAACCUCAACCCCUGGGAAUCAACACUUUGGCUCACUCUUCAACCAUUACGGCGGUGCACGAAGCGCCGGUGGUCCAAGGCAGAGCUUGGAUGUCACCAAAAGUCUAGCUGUCAACGGCCCGAUCAGCCCUCGCCCCCCUGGAUUGACUCAACUCCGACCCAACAGUGAAAUCUUAUCAGCCAGUGGCAGUCACGGUGGUGCUAGCGGUGGUAGCAAUGGUCAACCCAACCAGGGCGAAUCAGGUGAGGCCGAAGCUAUUGAUAAGUGGUUUGAAGAUCUGCAAAGCUAUGAAGCUACCCUAGAGGAAAUGGCCGCUGCAAGUUUGGAUGUCAAUUUUAAAGAAGAAUUGAACGCCAUCGAACAAUGGUUCAGAGUCCUUAGCGAAGCGGAGCGGACUGCAGCACUGUAUUCCUUGAUGCAGUCUUCCACUCAGGUUCAAAUACGGUUUUUCAUUACCGUUUUGCAACAAAUGGCUCGCAGUGAUCCCAUGAUAUCAAUGUUAAGUCCGGCAUUGAACCCUUCAACUCCCUCUAUGGAACAGCAAAUGGAAGCCAAACUCUCCCAACUUAGCAUGAAGUCCCCCGCUUCCCCGAUUGUCCGCCAGUUUGCUCAUCAAUCGCUUACUCCCAACGUCAACGUCACUUCAACUGAUAAUUUCCUCAGCCCCAACUCGGCCUUAUUCAACGAGCCCAACAACUCAAAUGAUCCUGCGAGCUUACUUUCUGCUCAACGUGCCAAGCUGAACGCCAAAGCUGCCAAUCGACUUUCCGCCCCAGGUCAACUUUUGAGCGCUAGCAACAGUCUCAAGAGCCCGAAAUGGAACACUGCCCCGGGCCCUGUUGAAGAAGAAUCUCACAGUCGCGCAUCAAGUCCUAGACCCAGAUCUAACGGUGCGGAGUUUAACAACAACUCUCAAAAUACGCUUCACCCCGGAUUUGCCCAUUCUAUCAACUCCACAUCAGGAAUCGAGGGUCAACUAAGUCCGAUCAUGGGUGGUAGCUGGGCUAGUCAAGUCAACACACCCCUGGUCCCCAUGUUCGGCAACAAAGACAAGGCUAACGGUCAAAGCCAUGAUACCACAGCCACAAAUGUUUCUGAUGUCAGCAAUCGACUUGCGCAAUGGGGGGCUGCUCAUCAAGCGGGGUCAAACGGCGCCUCCCUCUCCUCUCAAUCGGUCUCGUCCAACCUUGCCCUACCUCAAUCUUCUUCAUUGAAUGGUUUCCCAUUGGAUGAUGCCCGCAAGUUCCGACGACAGAGCAAGAGUGCUGCUGCUGAUGGCUCUGCUGGUUUUUCGGGGGUUCUUUCUGGCAUGAACACUAACAACAAUAGCGUUGGCUCAGCUCAAGCAAACAACCUCUCCACCAACACUAGUCAAUCUGCCACUCAUAACCCUAACACAAACACCGUCAAUACACCCCGCUCAGCCAUGAGCAACGGAAUGCCUCUGUCUAGUCCCAUGAACGCACAAUCGAUGUUGGGGGCUCAAAAGGCCGCUGUGGCUGCUCAACAAAACUGGCGCCAAGGACUGAACACUGCAUCCAUGCCAUCCAUGAACCAGCCCGAUCCAACCAUGCUGAAAGACCUUGCCAUGAUGAAUACGCUCGCUGCUGGUCUCAACGGUGGAAUUAAUGGAAUGAACAUGAAUGGUAUGGCAAACUUGGCGGCAGUGGCGAAUAUUGCCGACCCUGCCGCUCUACAAAACAUGGCCAACUUGUUGAACAUGCGUCAACAAAUGCAACAGGUACAAAACCUCCAGUCACUUCAACAGCAACUACAGCAGAGCGGCAUGAUGCCUGGUGGUGCGAUGGCUUCGCCUGGUUCAGCUAGAUUUGGGAUGAACUUUGGAUUCCCAAUGAUGUCCGGAAGUCCGAAUGGGAUGGGCAACAACAAACGCAGCCCGGCCGGACGGGGCUCGGGCAAGCCGACCCACACGCCAGGCUCAGGCUCGAAUCCGGAUGAGGACUUGGACAUGAAUCUCCUGAAUGACAUCCCUGCUUGGCUUCGAGGUUUGCGCUUGCACAAAUACACGCCCAACUUUGCGGGGUGCACUUGGCAAGAAAUGGUCUUGAUGAGCGACGCGACCCUCGAGGCCCGCGGGGUGGCUGCCGUCGGCGCGCGGAGAAAGAUGCUGAGGACGUUUGAGACGGUCAGGAUCAUCAAAGGGAUGGCCUUGCCCGGCGACGGCGACAACAAACCGGCGGCCCCCACAAGCAAUACCGAUGGACAAGGAGCUGACCAAAACUCCAAGCCAACCGAUACCGCUCCGGCACCUGAAAGCGACAAGGACACACACAAAUACUGAUCGACAAUGUACAGAUUUCCUUUUUGAUAUCCCUCUUUUCCAAUCUCACUUGGCAUGCUUUGUUUAAUAUCAAUCAAUCUGCAGAUUGAAGGAACUGUCGAAAAUCGUUCUGUGAUGAAGUUUUCCCUCUUCCACUUUUCUUCUCUUUGUACUCGAACUUUUUUUGUUUUGUUUAUCAGUCAACAGGGAACAUUGGUCGAUCUCAAGCCCUUUAGCCUCCUCAAUCCUCUUUUAAUACUGGUCGCAAAGACUCGACCCAGCGAAGAUCUCUUUUUAGCGGUAUUUUCUUUUUCUCCCUUUUCCCUAUCGUCUACUCGGUCUAGACGUUUUUGUACUCGGAUCCAAACCUAUCUGGUAUCCUUUCCGGCCGUCCAUCUCCACCACAUGCUCAACUAUAACGUGCUCUAUCAACACAUGAUUUGUUUAACGACUCUUUUUUCCCCCCCUUGCUCCCCAUGCAGUUCUUUCUUUUCUUUGUAAAUACAUAUAGCAUUCUCUUCCUUUAAUCGUGUUUGUGUCUGUUUGUUGCUGGUCUUCUGUGUUCCCGUUUUUUUUUUUUUUGCUCAUUUAAUUGUCCCUUCUGUACGGUGUACAUACGCAAUCCAUGCGCUUUGCUUAUUCGUAUCGGAGUCGCUCUCCAAUCCAUUGACCCCCCCAACCUCCAAAUGCUACUGGCAGUCUGGAUUUGGUUGGUU